AGGUCAUUGCUGCCAUCAAUAACGACAACAACAAUGUGGGCUUCUCGGCUCGCAAGGGAAUCGUCCAAGGCUAUCAUGCGGCUCCAACACACGUGGAACCUUGAUACGGGUGCUUAUGAAGUGCUGAAGCCAUGGAUUCACGCGGAGAAUCUCAGGGCUCUCGAUGUAAUUCGGUUCACACAGCCUGCUGUAGGCGCAGAGCAACAGUACAUCGACGUUGGUUGUGGACCAGGAAGCUUUACGAAGGAAGCACUGCUGCCAAGAGUGCUGCCAGAGUGCCGGCGUCUCGUGGCGGUUGACAGGUGCAACAAGGCUUUAGAUUACGCAAGGGAAAACUUCAGCCACGACCUCAUAAUGUACGACACGCUGGAUGUUGAACGCCACAACCCAGAGAGCCUCACGGAGCGAUACGGUGCCUUCGACCGCGUCUACUCCUUCCUGACUUUUCACUACGUGGCGGACAUCGCGAAGGCUUACAGCAACGUUUGCAAGCUGCUGAAACAUGGAGGAGAGUGUCUGGUGCUGUCCGUCGUGAAAGCCGACGCCAUCGAAGUUUGGAACGAGGCGUAUCAAAUGGAGGAGUGGAAUGCGCUAAUGAUUAACCCUGCAGCACUGUUUCCAGGAAUUGUACAUAGCGGCGCAGCCACAAGUUCAGCCGUUCAACUAGAGGCCCACACGAGGGAAAGCAUUUCUACGGCUGGUCUGCACUGUUUAACGUACCAUAGGUACAAGAGCCUCUGGGUGUUUCGUCGCAUGGAAGACUACCUCGACGCCUUCAUGCCUUCAUUCCAAGCGUAUGACGGUGUGCCUCCUGAGAAGCAUGAUGCUCUCAGGGAUUUAUGGAUGGACCUGCUCCAGAAGAAGACUCGCGUCGUUCAUGGAAGAGAGUGCGGCGUUACGUACACUUUCAGCAUUGUUCACGCCCGGAGACCACAUAAUUCUUGAGCACGGCGCGGAGGCAGAUGGCGUGGAUGCUUGUGCAUGUGCAGUAGGCAAUGGCGACAAACGAUGUUUCAAUAAGUUCCAUUUUGUGUUGUUUGGGUGUCACGUAGUCACCCAUGACGUGUCGGCUCUGUGGAACACUGAAAAAAGAGUUCAGCAGUUGUCUAAUUUUAUGCUGGCCCAAUUGAUGUUUUAAAAAUGCAUUAUCACUGAUAGUUCGUCUUGAAGAAUGACAAAAUAUUCCUUUGAUGUCGGCGUGGUUGUCAUUUAGGAAAAGACCAAGUAAAAGAAGGCUGGAGUAUGAAAGGGCUCGUUGCAUGCUACGUC